GUUAGAUUGCCGUUAAAAGAUUUCUACGCUCACUCCACCCCCUGCUUUGGAAAUUAUGACGUUCACCAGUCAAAGACAGAAGAAAGUCACAAACUUUGGGCGAAUGAUGUUCGCCCCGGAAGCAGGCGUCAAACUAGGGUGGAGCCGCAAGUUUGUUCGCGGUUCGAGUUUGGAAGUUUCAGGUGAGGAGUGUGUGGCUUGCAGGUGACUGAGAGUGAGUUGAGCAUACGCCGGACAGACUCCGGAGCAAGAAUGCGGUCGAAUAGCUGUGGGUCCGAUCUGCUUCUGCCUCUGAGCGAGUGGCUCCGUUUACCCAUAGAACAGGUAAAUUUUGCCAUGUGCCAAUUUUUUGGAUUGUUUGCAGCCCUCCUGUUUCGCCACUACCUCCACCCAAGCAAGACCAGCCAUGUCAUUAGGCAUGUGGUCGUCACCCUUUUGGGUCUUCACUUUGCAUUCUUCUGCUUCGGCAGAUACGCUAUUCACUUCCUUGUAGAGGUAUUGCUGUUGUACGGUGUUAUGGUGACUGUACACAUCAAAAACAUUCACAAGUACAGUUUCCUGGUAGCAAUGACCUACCUAACCAUCUGUCAAAUCAUCCGAGUCUACAUCCUGGAUGGGAAGGAGUGGUCUGCUGACUUUUCUGGGCCGUUAAUGGUGAUCACACAGAAAGUUACAAAACUGGCAUUUGAACUUCAUGAUGGUCUGGCCCGAAAUGAGGAAGAACUGAAUGUAUCUCAGAAACGCUUAGCAGUGAGACGGAUACCGAGUCUACUUGAGUACGUCAGCUACAACCUCAACUUCAUGGGCAUCCUGGCAGGACCUCUGAGCUCUUUCAAUGAUUACAUCACCUUCAUCGAGGGCAGGAACUUUGAGGUUGGGGAGACCCACCUUGCUAAUGGGAAGGAGAUAAAAAUGGGCCCCCAUAAUGAACCUUCAUCUCUGCACGCUGUGAUGUGGAAGAUGCUGAUUUGCACUGUGUGUGUGUUUAUACACCUAUCCCUGAUGGAAGAAUUUCCAGUCACCUACAACAAUGACGACAACUUUAUCAGGAGAAGGUCGAUGCCUGUGCGUUUGCUGUAUCUGUACGUUUCCCUCCUGGCCUGCAGACCCAAGUAUUAUUUUGCCUGGACCAUUGCUGAUGCCGUCAAUAAUGCUGCUGGGUUUGGAUUCAACGGAUACGACAGCCGUGGCAAACCGCGCUGGAACCGGGUUUCCAACCUCAACAUCGCUAACGUAGAAUUUGCAACAAGCAUGAAGAUCUUUAUUGACAACUGGAACAUACAGACAGCUCUGUGGCUAAAGGAAGUUUGCUAUGACCGAUGUCCUUUCAAUCGCACAUUGAUGACAUUUCUUCUGUCUGCGGUGUGGCACGGAGUUUACCCUGGCUACUACUUCACCUUCAUGACUGGCAUGGUCAUGAUACUCGCGGCAAGAGCAGUCAGAAGCAACUUGAGGCCUUAUUUCUUAGCUUCACCAGCACGCAAAGCAUUCUAUGACGUGGUGACGUGGAUGACCACGCAGAUCGUGGUGAGCUACACUGUGGCACCUUUCGUCCUUCCUUUUAUGGAUCUGACACUCAAAUUUUACAGAUCCUGGUACUUUGGUUUGCACGUUUUCGCCAUCAUUCUCCUGCUGGUGUUGCCAAAGAAACCCAAGUGUUCGUCGAAGGGACAGGAAAGGCUUCAAGUGACCAAACCAAAAGAGACUAUGCAUGACUGCAAUGGACACAUGAAUGGACAAGCCCCCACGGUCAACCACCAAAACCAUCGGAUGAAGAUUGACUAGUGGAGAAGAGGGAAUCUGUGAACCCUCGAGGGAGGAAGAGCGCAUAUAACCCCUGUGACAGAGACUUAAAUACCGGUUGAAGCACGAUUGAAAGCUACUGUUGGAUUCAGCUUGGACUGAAGAAUAGUGGCUUUUACAGCAAGGGCCAACAACAAAGUGUGCAAUAAUCAAACCUUUAAGAGAGGACAGUAUUAAACCACGAUAGGUAGAAAGAGAUCAGAAGCUAGGGAGAAAUUGUCAAGUUCAUAAAACAACUCACUCAACACAUCGGUUUAAUUGCACUGGUCUUCAGGAUGUCCACAAAAUGUGAAGGUGGGCUCAAAAAUUGUAGAAUUUAAACAAGAUUCCUUUCCUGUAGUUUGGGGUAUUAUUUUGUAAACAAUACAUUCUGCACAGGGUUUCCACAGUUUGGGGAAAAAAAAACAGAAUCUAAAGUGAUCAGAUGGAUGCAGCAGGGAGUUGACCACUGGUAGGUUACAUCCUCAUCCUGGUCACUCAAACAAACCCUCUGCCAUGAUUGGCUGCUCUCCUGACUCCAUCACCAACCGCUGGUUGUUUCCCAUUGGCUGACAUCUUCUGCUGUUCAUUUUCCAGGCUGUUGGCAAUCCAGCUGGUUUCUAGGCAGGAAGUAGAUUAAACAACAAUGAUUUAUGUAAAGUUUCCCCACCCCUGCUACUUCUAUUCUUUCCUACCCUCACUCCUGACUGUAUUUCUCUGUAAAUAGCAUGAUUUCUGGGUCUCCUUGGUCAGUUUUAAUAUUCCAUUUCAUUGGAAAACCCCCUUCACCUCUCCUGGAUCUGUUACAUAUCAAAAGCUGCCCUUAAAGUCAAUAUAAGGCUAAGAUUGCAAGGUCUGUCUUGCUGUUUGUAUUAUUUGUCCUUGGAAAAAUGGUACAAAAUUAUGGAUAUGCUGAAAGUAUUUAUAAAACUGAGAUAUCACACUCCCCCCAUAUACACAGUUGGAGAGUCACAUUCAAUACUUGGCUUCGGUCAUUAGGAAGGAUGCAUAGACUUGGAGAGGCUCCAGGGAAGUUGUCACACGCAUUUGAGAGAAUAGAAAAAGCUGGAAAUGUUCUCAUGGUUCUGAGGGUUGUGAGAUUCUUGUAAGUAUUCAGAUACUGUGAUGUGGAUAAGGAACUGUCCACCGCUGAGACGGGUGAUAACCAAGUGGCAGGUGUUUGGGCUCGUUGGUAAUGAAUAGGAGGGGGUGCAGACUUGAAUACGUUGACUUAAACUUUUAAAUGUGACAAGUUAUGAAAAUCUGAAGCAGAGUGAAAGUCCAAAAAGGGAAUUUGAUAACUGCAGCCCAGCACAAUUUUAUCCCUUUCAGAGGAAGGACAGAGAAUUACACAGACAUGGUAAAAUUUUAUGAUUCCAGGAGUCGGUGAUUUCAAGUUGAUUUUGAGAUGUGAAUUGCUCAUGAAGAGAGUAGAGUUCGCACCAUAGCCCAACACUAAUCUCACUGCUAAAUGGAAUAGCUCCACCCCCCCCCCGAAAAAUAAACGAGUAACAACAAAUUAGGGACCUGGUUAAAUAUGGGAUGCUUGGAUAUUAAGGGAAUUGAGGGAUUAAGUUAAAUGAACACCAUGAAUUUUUAAAUGGCAGGGCUGAUGUGAGGAGCCAAAUGACUUAGUUUUGCUUCACUAUUUCUUGUAUACAGAACACAUAAAUUUCAAAGUAAAUGAUUAUCAAGUUGAGCAAGUUUUUUCAUCUGAAAACACCCACUCACUUUCUUCACUUAUCAAUGCUGUGUUUCAAUGCACAGAUCCCGUCAAUUAUUCUGUAUCCAACAGCCAGGAAGGCUGUACUGCAACGCUCCGUGGAGAGCGAACGGCGUAAUACGAUGUCAUGGUCAUCCACUGCAACCAAGAAAGACCCCAGUUUGAGGUGCUUGUUCAUACCACUGAACCUGGACUUCUGAGAUUGAGAGAUUGGAACUGCUCCUGUGCAUUGACCUUUCUACUUUUAAAAAUCCACCCGCACAGGUCUCCUGCCAUCGUAGGACAUGAUGGACAACCAUCAUUCUAUAUGGUGGUGGUCAUUCUUUCCAGCCAUGAGUUAAGAUGUUUCCCUGGAGCUUCCUAUUGUAUUUAUUAGUGACUGAAAUAUAAUUAUGGUUCCGAUUUUUAAAAUCUCCUCUCACUGCCCACACCAUCAAAAAACAUUCUACACUCAAGGACUUGAGAGGCCACAUCUCAUCUUCAAAAGUAGGGGUUCCCAAUCUUUUUCAUGCCAUGAAAGUGAGGGGUCUGUGGAUCCCAGAUUUGGAACCUCUGUAAGGAUACAGCUCCAGCCUACACAGCCUUUGUAUUUUAGACAAUUCUUAAUUUUCUUUCAAUCUGGAGAUUUAAUGUUUCCAUUUGUUUUUGUUUCAUCUUUUGAACUUUGAAUCUUAAUUGCCAACAAUCUACUAGAAUUGAAUUCAAUAACAACUCCUGAAGCUGUUGUUGGUGUUAUGUGAGAAUACUUAAGGAAAAAAGGUGUUAAUUCUCUCAGUUAGAUCUGUGACACUACCAUUCAAGUUAAAAUGGUUCAGCUUAUAGUUGCAACCUCCUUUGCAUAGAUCUGUGGGUUGGAAUAAUUGUUGCAUUCUACCUGAUUGGAUUGGGCUGGUGUGUGGGAUUCUUGCUGCUGCACAAUCUCCUUUAGCUGGGUCUGGAUCCAUUCCAUUACAUGCAGCCAGUUGCCGGUAGGCUUCUGCUAGUUUUGGAUGGACAUUGCCCCAGUUUCAGUUUCACCUAAACAAAUGUCGGAGUCCGCUGAUGGACUCCCAUCAUAAUGGUGAGUGGACCUCUUGUCAUCUUAACGCACUGCACUUGAAAACGUUAUUAAUAAGACCCUAAGGUAUAGAAACUGAAUUGGGCCAUUCGGUGUGUUGAGCCCACUGAAUUUUUUUUUCUUCUACCCUAUUCUCCCAUUUUCUCCCUGUCACCAUAAGCUUGUGAAUGUGACUAAUCUACCCAACACUGCUAUUCAACCAAAUUUGCCUGUUAUCUCUUCACUAUGUACACAGGAGCCUGAGUAAGCAAUCUAUAUGCUUGUUCUGUAUAGGCUCCUCCACUAAUGGCUUCACCCAAGACCGAUGUAGCAGUAUAGAGCAGGUUUCACUCUUUUCACAAUUUUUGCUGUUGGCGAUGUGCAUGAUUUUUAAAAAUAUAUUUUCAAAUGAAUAUAAAAGUGCAUCUCUGGAGUGGAUUUUCCAAAUAUGGCCUUGUCUAAUACAGUUCACGGAUGUUGGCUAGAUGAAGUGACCUGGUUUAGAUAACCAUGCUCAAAUGAGUGUGAAAACUCAUUUUAGCUGAAGGAGCUCUCCUGGGCAUUGCCAAAAGACACGAAUGACUGGGUAUUUUGAACUCUGAUGUUCUUUUGCAAUGCAGCUGUUAUUAAUUUUUGAGCCUUAUUCUGGCUUUGGUUUAAAGGUGAAAACCAACAGUUACUGCACUCCAGUCAUGUUUUCCCCCAAGGUCUGUGGGUCAUUUCCCAUGGAAGUACAUGGUAUUUUUCAGACCCAUUAGAACCUUGUAAUGUGACACAGAAACAGCACAAUGGAACGAUCACAGUAAUAUGUUGGGGAAUGCACCGAUCCAAUGAUACUGUAAAUUGUCAAGGCCUGAGACCAGUUCAGUGCAACCUCUGUCCUGCAACUAAAAUUGCUGUUGAAAGAUAUGAUUCUGAAGAGAAAUUGAAGCUGUGCUUCUUCAGUCACUACAGCCUUUACAUCUCAUCUUUCUCAGAGCUGGUGAAGCUUGCUGGCAGUCUCCUGCAUCUCUACGGCUCACCAACGUCUUUGUUAAUGAAUGAGUCAGUGAAGGACCUUGACAAUGUGUGAUUGCAAACCCAUUUUGUUCUGAGAAUGUAGCUGCUUUAUUUAUAGUGUUGCAAAGUGAAUGUGAACGGACAGUCCGAAUGCAAUCAUUUUGCCUUAACUUAGUGUAUGUGGCCUUGUAAAAGGAAUACAACUGAAUGUUUUAAAUGACAUAAAUAAUGUGUUUUGCUUUUAUAAAUUA